GCGGAAGUGUGGCUUUAGCCUAGCGCGAAUUUUCUUCAGAGGGUCUUAAGUUUGCCUCUUGAUUGCCAAGCUCAUCAUCACAUUACACAGUGAGUGGCAGAGCCAAGCAAGGCUAAAAUACAGUUUCACGCAGAACAGGGUCAGCUGAUGAUUCAGACAAGAAAUGGCGGAUAGCGGAGAUCUAAUGGACGGUGAUCUGGAAGAUGGAGAGAUCUCCAGCUCCAGCUCGGAGACUGAGAUGGGAACCGCAGCAGCAGUACAAGCUCGACCCCAGGCUCAUCCAGCUUUUAGCGGCCAGUCCUUCCACAACAGAGCCGCUGCACAGCCCUCUACCGCCGCCUACCGCAACGCUGGUAGGACGGUGGAGUCCAGCGACAGUGACCCGGACUCGUCGGACGAGGAGGCGGCUGUUUGGCGCCGUAAGCGCCAAAAAGUAAUGAACGCUCCCCAGCCGCCUGCCUGCGCUACACGGGCAGGGCCGAUCCGCAUGUCCGCCCCCGGCGCGCCGGGAGGCCGCAAGGUGAACAACAUUUGGGGCUCUGUGGUCCAGGAGCAGUGCCAGGACGCCAUAGCUGCAGAGCUGGGCAUAUUUGGCAUGGAAGGUGAAGUGAGCAUGUCCAGCAGAAAUGUGGAGACUUAUAACUUUGUCCUGGCCCGUAAGAUAAUGGAGAAGGAGAGGGAGCUGGAGAAGCAGUCAAAGGAUGAAGGAGAAGUGAGCAUGCUGGACGACCAGCUGGAGAAGUACAUGAGGGACAGGGACUCAGAGCAGAGGGCAGGAGGUGAUGCAAAGAGGAAGAGGUCAGCUAAAGAGAGACUGGGCCCAAGGGCUGAAAUGGACAUCAAGGGCCGGUAUGAGAUCACAGAAGACGACCCAGAGGAAAAGGUGGCGGAUGAGAUAGCAUACAGGCUGCAAGAGCCUAAAAAAGACCUGAUAGAGCGCGUUGUUCAAGCCAUUGGGAGGAAAAAGGCCAUAGAACUGCUCGGAGAGACUGCCACACUGGAGGAAGCCGGCGGUGUGUACACCCUGGACGGCAGCAGGCGACGGACGCCUGGUGGGGUGUACCUCAACCUGCUGAAGAACACUCCGAGCAUCACCAAGGCCCAGAUCCGGCAGGUGUUCUUCGAGGAACACCACAAAGAGUACAAGAGCAAGAAGGCGGCCCAGAAGAGGAGGCGACACAUGGUGGCCAAGAAGAUGAAGCAGGCCAUUGGCACACUGAACCUGCAGGAGCACGACGACGUCUCCAGGGAGACUUUCGCCAGUGACACCAAUGAGGCCUUGGAGUCAUUGGAGGAGGCUCCGGAAGAGGAAGAGGAGGGUCAGGAGGAAUCUGCUGUGGGCAUUGAGGAGACACCGGUGGUCUACAACUCCGCUGACCUGGAGGUCUUCUAAGAGCUGCGCGCUGUGAUGACAUUUUAGAUUCAAAUGAAAACGAAACACUUAAAGCACUGUAAAAGUAGACUACUGUCUCUACUGAGUGCAAAAUCACACCUGAGUGUUCUUUUUUUCUCCUUUUUUUUUUUUUUUUUGACCUUUAGCAAUAAAAGGAGCACUUAUGUUAACAAAAAUGUGGGUUUUGUUUGGCACAGCAUGUAUUUGUAGAUUUCAGCACAUGUAAACACAGUAAGAAUUAACUGCAAGUUAGCUUGAUUUGUGCUACAAAUGUUUCUCAAAUUCCAAAAGUGUGAAUUACGUAAGAUUUUGCAGCAUAUUGGUGUAAAAGUGAACACUCAUUGAUUUUCAGUUAUGGUAACUUUCUUUGUUAUAAUUUUCAGUCUGAGAUAAUGAGGUCUUGAUUUAUUAAAUGCAUCUGUAUGACGGUAUCUGGAAUAUAAAUAAAAGUGACUCAGGUAAUUUACUUAA